UUAAAGUUUUCAGAGCAAAAUUUACGUCACAAUGAAUCUUACUUUUGGUUAAUGCCAACGACUAAAGAAAAAAUACCAGAUUAUUUUCACAAACUUCCACUGAAUAUCGCUAACGAAAUGACUUUGGCUGUUCGCAAAAAUAAUGAUUUACAUAACAGCGGUAAUGACACUAAUAAAAAUAUAAGUUACACACUCUACGACGUUUACAACCCCAGUUACCGUCACGGCGGUAAGCUCAAUGUCACUUACAUGGGAAACUGGAGUCUAAACGAUCGUACUUUAACAAUUUCCUUGACGCAGUACAAGUACAAAAGACGUGGAAAUCUUUAUGGUCUUGUUUUAAAUGCGUCGAUUGUUAUUGACCAUCCCCCGGUGCCGGAUUACAAUACAUACAUUCACAAUCCGAUAAAUCCUCAUUUAGAUACAAUGCAUCGAUACAAUUACGCCCUGACACUUCAAUUACGUGAUUAUUACAAUUUUACAAUGAAUUUGAAAAGAGGAACGACUUGGGGUUAUUUGAUAAACGGAACAUUUAAUGGAAUAAUUGGAGACAUGAUGAAAGGGCUCGUAGACUUUGGAGCGACUCCAUUUCAGUACAAACCCGAAAGACUUGAUGCCGUUGAAUAUACGGUUCAGGCCUGGAUGGCGAGACCCUGUUUCAUAUUCAGGCAUCCUACGACCAAUGAGCUGAGCAACCCGUUUUUGAAACCCUUUGAGAUGAAAGUUUGGUAUGUAAUUGGCAUCUUUGCUGCUGUCAAUUGGAUAUUUUUGUACACGUCUGUCAAACUCGAACACAAGCUGGUUAUGAAGCAGCCUGCUUGUACUUUGGAUACUUAUCCUGCGUCAGAGAUUAUUAUGAUCACUACUUCUGCCAUUUGUCAGCAAGGACUGAGUGACGGGCCACGAUUUUACGCAGGACGUAUUGUCUUUAUAUUUCUCUUUAUAUGGGGAUUUUUACUUUAUCAAUUUUACUCAGCUAGUAUCGUAGGUUCUUUGCUGGCCGGAAAACCUAAAUGGAUAAAUACCUUGCAAGAUCUUGCUGACAGUAACCUAGAAGUUGGUAUCGAAGAUAUUGCAUACAAUUAUGAUUUUUUUGCAACGACAACGGACCCUGUAGCUCAGCAGCUGUAUCGCGAAAAAGUAGCCGUCAAUAAAAAGCGUAAACGAGAGCCUUAUUAUACAAUUGAAGAAGGUCUUCAAAGGAUGCAAAAAGGCGGGUUUGCUUUUCAUGUUGACGUCGCGACGGCUUAUAAAAUAAUUGAAGAAACAUUUGACGUUAAUGAAAUAUGUGAUUUAGUUGAAAUUCAAUUAUUCCCGCCAAAACAUACGGCAACAGCAACGGCGAGGUUUUCGCCUUUCAAAAAAAUGGUCACUUAUGGAUUGAGACAGGUAGUGGAGCACGGAAUGGCCCGUAGAUUGAGAAAUGUAUGGAUGCAUCGAAAACCAGAGUGUCCGGAAAGUCACAAAGACGAUCCAGUCCCUAUAAUGAUCACCGAAUUCAGUCCCGCGUUAUUUCUUAUGUCAUGUGGGUGGUUUGUGUCGGUAUGCAUUGUAAUAGGGGAAAAAUUGGCGAUGAAAAAACAAGAAAUUGGAGAAAUGAGUGAUGGCGAUGCUGAUGCUAAUGCUUACGAAAAUCCAGAAAAUUUUGAUCGAGAAACGGCAUCGACUAAUUCACAGACUAGUAGAAAGUCUGGAUAUUUAACGAAAAAUUUAAUGCAACUUGAUACUAAAAUUUCGUACAAUGAAAUAAGCGAUGAUUUGAAUUUGAAAACAAUACUGCGUCUGAAUUUUCAAAAUCUUGGAGUCAUACUGGAUUACGACUGUCCAAAUAGCGAUGUUAUACUAGAUCAGUUUUCCAGUCAACUGGUGUUCAAUGAAUCUUAUUACUGGGUCUUGCUAUCAAAGUCAUUAGCAUUACCGAGGAUGUCGCUACGUGAUCUUCCACUUUCCGUGGCGAGCGAGAUGACCCUAGCGAUUCGAGAAUAUGACACUUAUAAACUUUACGACGUUUAUAAUCCGAGUUAUCGUCACGGAGGUCUUAUCAAUAUUACGUACAUGGGUAAUUGGACGCUCGAUAAUAAAUUGAUAAACAAUUUCGCCCAUCAAUAUAAAUACAACAGGCGGCAGAAUUUUAAUUUGUUGCCGCUAAAUUUUUCGGUUGUGGUAUUGGCUAAGCCGUUUCCGGAUUUGGAAACCUACCUAACGACACCCAUAAAUCGUCAUGUCGAUACGAUGUCUCGCUACAAUUAUCAACUAAUAUUACAAUUGAAGGAUUUUUAUAAUUUUACAAUAAAUUUGAAACGUGAUGUAAGUUGGGGAUACAAGAUAAACGGAUCAUUCGACGGCAUUAUUGGCGACAUGGUAAAGGGUAUUGUUGAUAUAAGUGCUACGCCAUUUCAAGUCAAAUCCGAACGUUUUGAGGUGUGUGAGUACACAGUAAACGUACUGGAUAUUAGAUCAGCGUUCAUUUUUCGGCAUCCACCGAAAAAUGAUCUGCAGAAUGGAUUUUUGAAACCGUUCGACAAAAGUUUGUGGUUCAUAGUACUCGGUGUCGCAGGUGUUUAUUGGUUUGUUCUUUUCUUGACAACCAAAGCUGAAUUGUACGUAAAGGGCUCGAAAAUUCCUGACAAUUCUUUGAUGUCAUUACCAGCGACUGAGACCAGUCUCAUUACCAUGGCUGCACUUUUUCAACAAGGAGCAAGUGAUGGUCCGCGCAUUAUUUCUGGGCGCAUUGCUUUUUUAUCUUUGUUCUUGUGGACCCUUCUUCUCUACCAAUUCUACUCUGCCACAAUUGUUGGGUUUCUGUUGGCACCUCCAGCCCGCUGGAUCACUACUUUAAAAAAUCUAACAGACAGUAGUCUAAGCUGCGCUAUGGAAGACAUGCCGUACCACAAAGACUUUUUUGCCACAACGGACAUGCCUCUAGCUCUCGAGUUGUAUGAGAAAAAAAUAAAGCCCACAAAAAAGUUACCCCAGGGAUCGUACUAUUCGGAUCGCGAAGGAAUGCGCAAAGUCAGGGAUGAAGGAAUAGCUUUUAGCAUUGAUACUGGUAGAGCCUAUAAAAUAAUCCAAGAUACAUUUACAGAAGAUCAAAUCUGUGAGCUUCAAGAAAUACCAAUACGGAAACCGCGAAAAACAUUCGUUGGAACUGCAAAACAUUCACCAUUUAAAAAAAUGACAACAUAUGGGAUAAGAAAAAUUCUAGAACAUGGACUAGCUCAGCGUCUCAAAAGAUUGUGGAUCCACAAAAAACCAACCUGUCCCGAGAGCCACAGUUCAAAACCGAUGCCUGUUCUCAUGAAAGAGUUUUAUCCAGCACUGCUGUUUCUCUCAAUGGGUUUUGCGCUAUCGCUACUUAUUUUUUUCAUAGAAUGCAUUUAUCACAGUAAAUUUGAUCAAGAGCCGAACGAAACUGAUAACCAAUCAAUCACCGCAGCAGACGAAACAGAAGAACGAGAAAUAAAAAGCGUUGAUGAUUAUGAUGAAACAUUAGAACAUGUUAGCGCUUAA